AUGUCUAACCAACAAAUACCCAUCCUUGACCACAUCGUCAUUCUCGUUUCUCACAAAACCCUUCUCGGAAUCUCCAAAUAUAUUGAGGGUCAAUUUGUCCUAGCACCAGGAGGAAACCACGCCGACGGACUCACCACGAACAAGUUGAUUCUCCUCUCAGAUGGCGUUUACCUUGAAUUUAUUGCCUUCUUCGACGACAUCGACCCUGAAAGGCGCCGCAAUCAUCGCUGGGGGAAUGAGAAAGAAGACACCAUCAUUGACUGGGCUUUCACUUUACGAUCUGAAAGCGAUUUCGCCGCCGUCCAACAGCGAUUUCAUGGAGCAGAGACCGACGUUUCCUAUACAGACCCUAUUGCUGGAGCUCGCACCAAACCAGACGGCACCGUGUUGAAAUGGGCGGUUUGCGUGCCCAAAGAUGGGCAAGGAAAGAACCUUCCAGGAUCAUUACCAUUUUGGUGUCUGGACAGAACACCUCGCACAAACCGUGUCCCUUAUGAGGUUGAGCCAAAUCUCACUCAACAUCCGAAUGGCGUGCAAGGCAUUUCCUCUGUGUCGGUGCAUGUCCCUGAUGGACAGAUUGUGAAUUUCAAGGGAGCGUAUGAUGCUAUUUUCAACGGACCCUGGAACUAUGAAGUCCCUUCCAGCUCGACGGCUGGAGAACAUGGAAUUUCCCUUUCUGGGGGAGAUGCGUCUGUUCGGCUGGUGUUUAAUGGUGUGAAGCCAGGCACGGUUGAGCUCUUCCCAGGGCUGGUCUUUGAUAUUGAGAUAUUGAACUCUUCAUAA